AUGGCAUCAAGUUCUUUCCCGCAACCUAGCUCGAAUUGGUCGGCCGAACAAAACAAGUUGUUCGAAACUGCUCUUGCGAUAUACGAUAAGGACUCUCCGGAUCGUUGGCGCAGCAUAGCCAAGAUGGUCCAAGGAGCGACCGAGGAGGAAGUUAAGAGGCGAUACGAGAUCCUUGUAGAUGAUAUAAAGAGCAUUGAGUCGGACAAAGUGCCGCUACCGAAUUACAAGAACGAAAGGAAGCAGCGAGGAAGACAACAUCAUAAGCAAUGA